AGGCAGAUAACGCUGAUUGAAAUGCACGUUUGUAGGACAUUCUAUCACACCUCGAAAACAAUAAAAAGCUAAGACGCAAUGUAGCAAGAUUAAUUCACGUUUUUUUGUGCAACCUCCCUGGACUAGCUAACUCUGCUAGAAUACUACUAAUGUCAUUCUUUACACAAUUCAGUUCAUCUUCUGAUGAAGACGAAGGAUUAUGGCCUCCACCGGGAAGACGAAAAAGGCAUCCAGCUGGUGACAGACAACCUGACGAGUAUAGUAGUACGUCUUCCAGUGACUGUGUAUCGAAUAUAUUCACACAAACCAGUGACCCUAUGACUAUUGCUCAGAAUAGAACAACAUCUCAUCGAUUUCAGUUCAAUGAAUCAUUGAAUUCGUCAAGUGGCAUUUUUUCUCAACCAGCUAAUCAUUCCUUCCAGUCUAAUGAGCCUCCAUUUUCUCCGCUAUUCUCAGAUAGUUUCGACGGUGUACAAAAUUGUCCCGGAAAUACUGUUGACAUGAAAAUAUGCUCACGAUUUAACACUUUCCAACUGGAUGAUAACAAUCCGUCCACAGAGAAUGAAUUCAAUCCUUCUUCCACUCCUCUUAUGCUCCGAAGAUUUUUAAACAGUCAGCCGACUUCACGAACAGAAUUGUCCCAGUCUUUACCACCGGUGAGAUUUCAAACUUGGGUAAAUGACUCUUCUCUCAGUUAGUAGUAGUAGUAUAUGUUAGUGUUUUAAAAAAAUCUUUUUUUUUUGUAUGCUUACAUUCCAAAGAAAUUAAUAUUUUUCUUUAUAAUCUCUUUAUUAUACAUACACUUCUUACCGAGUUCUGGAAAAAAAUAUUGAUACUUACCGAUUUUUGGUAAUUUUGUACAUAAAAUUUGAUUUUGAACUAAA